AUUAAACCUACUGCCGCCCAGUUUGGCGUUGACUUUGGUGCCAUGAUCAAUGACCUUGACUUGGAGAAAUUGACUGACCAUGAUUUUGCCAAGCUUGAGGAAGCUGUUUAUACUUAUCAAGUCGUUGUAAUCCGUAACCAGAGCCAUCUCACUCCUGAAACACAGUAUAAAAUCACAAAGAUGUUUGACCCUGCAAUGGAUACUUAUGGCCACGGUGGAAUGCACCGCGCAAAGGCCUCUGUGAUCGCCAGAGACUUGUCCCCUCUUCCCAAAGUACCACAAGUGCAACUAUUGGGCAAUGGUCUGAUCAAGAACUACCAGGGAAUUUCCGAGAAGUUGCUUGUUCAUCCCAACCAUCGCGUCUUUCACCAAACACAACUGAGUACUGAGGAAGAAGCAGCCGGUAAGACCCGAUUCUACAGAUGGCACAUGGAUGCCGCUCUUUACAGACUCAACCCACCAAAGGUUACCUCUCUCUUUGGAUUUAAGAACCCCGGUACUCGUCGUCAAACACUUCAAUACGACGAUGGGUCCAACUCUGAGAUUGAUGUUCAGUUGGGUACCACUGCUUUCAUCUCCGGACAAAGAGCAUUCGAGAUCUUGUCCCCUGAAUUAAAAGACUUUUGCUUCCGCACAAAGGUCCAAUAUGCCCCUCAUCCCUAUCUCUGGAUGUCCAAGGCUCGAUCCCGUUCAACUGGUCUUGGUAUGGUUUCUGAAGGCAAGGAACUCUCUGUUGAUGAACUCCCUCCUAUUGACGAGAAGGAUAUCAAGAUCUACCCCAUGUUGUGGAAAAACCCUGUUACAAACAAGAUCCAUCUUCAAGUCCACCCCUCGGCUGUACAGGAUCUUAUUACAGAUGGAAAGCGAGUGGGUGAUUUGACCAAGGUUCGCGAGAUCCUUUGGAAUAUCCAGCGUCCUUCAAUUAACCCCGAGAACGUCUAUGCUCACGAGUGGAAGGAUGGCGAUCUGGUUAUCUUCCACAACCGUGGUGUACUCCACAGUGUUGUAGGCUGUUUGACACCUGAUGAUAUCCGUAUCUUCCAACAGUGCAACAUGGCAAGUUCUGAUGAACCUAUUCCAGUAACCAAGGAAGAUUUUGCACCCUAUGCUACAGUCAAGGCUUAAAAAUACUUCUCCCCAAGAAAAAUAAAUAAUCUCCCUCCAAUUACUUGUAAAACUUCUUCCUUUUUUUUCAUAUACCAUUUCCAAUUCAAUAACAACACAAACUCAUAUAUAAAAUAAAUAAAUAAGAAAGCAAU